AUGGGCUGCUUCCGACGGCCGCCGAUCGGCCAGGGCAGGGCCAGGUCGGGCUGGGCCACAGCAGCGCUGGUCUUUGGGUCGGUCAGCGUUGCGCUGAACUCGCUGAGCGGCGGGGGGCAGGGCGGGGACGGGCGGGGGCCGGCCGGGGCCGCGCUCUGGUACCUGGGACUGGCGCUGAACGUGGCCCUGGUGGCUGCCGGGGGGUACUUCUUCGUGUCGCGGGGGGUGGCGUGGUGGGAGCGGCGGAAGGCCGCGGAUGACUUCAUUGAGAGGACAUGGCAGAUAGUUAAUCAGGGGCCUGGCACCGCGGGGCUUGCUGGCAAGGACUUGGGAGAGGCGGACGAGGAUGGGGUGUACACGCGGCAGACGCGCAGCGGAGGGGCCCUGUACCUCCGCCCCAGCAAGGACGCCGCGGGAAUGCAGUCCUGGGAGUGGAGCCUCGACCGGGUGAUGUGGAUGUCGGCCUCCAAGGCGGACCACUUUUGGAACGGCAAGUACGGCAUCUCACCAGCUGCACACAAGCUGAUCGUCCGCCGGCUGCAAGUGGAAAGUGCACUUAGGGCCAGGCAGCCUGUGCAACCCACGUGCACGCAUCCGCCACCAAUCGAACUUGAACUAUCUUGGAAGGAGAAGUCCCGACUCAUCAAGGAAGUUCCCAAGGAGUUCUUGUGCCCAAUGUCGAUGGAAGUCAUGACAGAACCGGUGGUUGCGCCAUCAGGGGUGACAUAUGACAGGCCUGCAGUUGAAGAAUGGAUAAACGAGCACCAUUCAGAUCCUGCCUCGAAAUCGCCCCUCCUCAAUGACCACCUGUACCCGAACCUUGCUCUGAGGGACAUGAUACAACAGUGGCUUGCAGAGCACAAAUAUGUAAGGACCUGA